UUUUUUUUUUUUUUUUUUUUUUUUUUUCUUCCUCGCAAUGGCGCUUGUCUCGUCUUGUCUCGUCUCGCUUGGGCUGAUCACUGAUGCGUCGAUGGGUUUUUUGCCCGCUCGUUCAGCUGCUGCACGGGUAUAACGGGCUGGUCCAGUGAGUGGUGAGUGGUGGGCGGUGGUCGAUCUUUAGGUUGGUCCGGGUUAGGUAGGCCCGCCGCCUGCGUGUGGUGGUUCAGGUUGUAUGCCGUGUGGAUGUGGAUGUCUGGGCCCGAUGUACCUUGGCACACUCGAGGCACAGUAUAUGAUGUAGAGGCAAGCAGUGUACCUAAGUGACUUUAUGGUAGUUGUGCCGCUGAGGCGAUGGUCAAGCUCUCGCUUUUCUAAUAGAGGAGGAAGCUAUUCCACGAAGAAGAAGAAGAAGAGAGAACAAUGGAAAGAAAGAAGCCAUGGUGUCGGCACAGAUCGGAUGGAAACUGCCUGGCAUGGAGUCUCUCUUGAGAGGAACAGCCCGAGACGGCACGGCAGAGAGAUGGACAUGAGGACCUUUCUCAGGGUAGCAAUUCCCCAUCAACUAAAAAGAAGACAAGGUUUCGCCGCUAAAGCACCUGCCCAGUGCCCACAGCAGCAGCAGCAGCAGUGUCUCUCCACACGUCCAGCCGUAGGUUGCCCACGGACCAAGUCGUCGUUCGAUGCGGAGACCGUUUUUGACGCUUCAGAUGGGGCUACGGGGCAAUGUUACAGAACAUGGCUUUUCAACCAUGAUUGUAGUUCCUGGCUUUUGGCUUUCAGCACGGCCCCUCACUGGCCAACGGGGGGAUGGAAUGGGGGAGAACCACACGCGCAACAUCCGCAAAGAGGAAAUGCUGCCAGCGAAUGGCGGUUGACUGCUUGCAUGAAGGACCUAGAAAAAGGGGAAAGCGGCGCAUCACAAAAGAAGCUCCUCCUCCUCAAGUCACCAGAGGCGCCACCUUGCGAACCAAAAAUCCCCACCACGACCGACAUGAACAUUGAUCUCAUAUGGACUGUUGAAAAGCCGCGAUGGAGACUGGCUCGGAUAUGCCUGGGGCUGGCGCAAUGCUGGCGGCCACUGAAAUGUCGCUUGCCAAGCCGUUUGCCGGUGGAUAAAGCCUUGCAGUCCUGUUCAAUAAUUCUCGCAUUGGAUGUGUCAGUGUCCGGAUGCCGACGGGUUGGCACUCUCCCACCCAAUUUGGCCUUAGUGCAUGUCACACGUCAGCAGAGUGUGGCCGCGGUCCAUCUUCAAGUUAGUGUACUAGGUUGUGCGAGGUCCGCUAUGCAGUCCCUGCGCCCCGUCGGCGACUUGAUCAGCAGCCGCACCGGCGCCGCCAGCGUCACAAAUUGGAUACCUCCAACCCUUGAAAUGGAUAUCAAAAAGAUUAAAAUGAUGGAGCAACGGGGAACCGCUAGACACGACAACAGCCAGACAGACGGCAACAAGUGUCGCUGA